UGAUGACUCGUUUUUGGCCUUUGAGCUCGCCUGUUAUGUACUCUGAGUUGUUCUGAUCCGUUGUGAAGGAAAAGAUAUAGUACCUUCAGAUCUAAAACCAUUUUUAACAGUUCUAUGCAUCAGAAUCAGAUUACCUCUGUAUCUGCAGCAAGGCAAAGUAAAGAAGUCAAACUUCUCAAGCCAUUGUAUGUGUGAAUUCUGCAGAUGUACCAAAUUCCUGUUUAUCUAGAAAUCAUUACAUUACAAUAAAUAAAAUGAAUCGUUAUUCAACAAUCUACAGUUCAAGCUAUCGUCCUUUUGAUGAAAAUCGACGGACAAAUGUAAUUAAUAAAGCUACCAUCCCCCCUCCGCCUCAGUCAUCCACAAUUUUACCACAUCAAAAUAUGAAUGGCACAAGCCUGUCAUAUGUAAGUCAAACGUGGGCUUCCGAUUCCAAUAAUCAUUCAACAAUUACAACUGGCACAAGUAAUACAAAUUACACCCACGCCUCCCCAUAUAUUACUUGUAUUAAUAAUCGUUUAGUAAAUAACAGUACAACAAAUCAGACAGCAAAUAGUCUAAGUUUACGUCGUAAUAUGUGGGAUGAUUGUGAACCACCAAUUGGUGAUAAGCAAAGAUCAAAACUGUUAGAAUUUUAUAAUUCUGAUUUACCUGUUAGUAAUUUAUUAAAGACCAAUGAAAUUACAAAAGAUGACUACACCAACACACCCAAACGUAAUUUUAGUAGCACAUAUACCACAGUAGUAUCGGAUAAAUUAAAUCCCUGUUCAGUGAUUUCUGCUGCUGGUGCUUACGAGAGUAAUCGUGAUAAACAAACUACAUCUACUACUAUAACAAACACUACACAAACAGUGCAAAGUAAUUCAUCUUAUUGUCAAACAAGAUCAAAAACACCGUCAGUCACUCCAAUAUUGUUUAAUUCGUCAGAUAAAUCACAAAAAAGUUGUGAUACACUUACUAAAUCAGGAAAUUAUAAUUCUGCUAUUGGGAAUCGAAAUACUACUGUCACUCCACUUAUACCAUACAAUACUGUCUGUCAAAUAGAUUUUAUGCAAAUGUUCAGUCAAAUUGCACGCAUCAAUAAUCAUCUGUUUCUGAGUAGUUUAAAUGCUAUUACACCGGACAGAUUACGUCAACAUGGUAUUACAUUGUUAGUAUCUGCAAUGAUUGAUUCUCCACCGGUUCAUAUUCGUAAUGCUGUGAUGAAUACUAUUCAUGUCCCCGUUGAAGAUAUAGAGAGUGCAAAUUUACGUGUUCACUUUGAUAGAGUAUCCGAUCGAAUAGCUGCUGAAAAUCGGCGUGGUGGUAAAACAUUAAUACAUUGUAUGGCAGGUGUUUCACGUUCCAGUACACUUGUAUUAGCUUAUUUAAUGCGCCACACGAAUAUGAGUCUUGCUGAUGCUUAUCAACACGUGCGCAGUAUAAGACCAUGUAUUCAGCCAAAUCCCGGUUUUUGGCGACAAUUAUUAGAAUACGAAGAAAAACUACGCGGUAGUCGUUCGAUUCGUCUACUUCCAUCGCUUACUUAUAGUGGAACAUCAAAUGUGAAUUAUAAUACAAAUCGAUUAUACACGAAUAGUCCAAGGAAUAUCAUUGGCGGGUCAUCGUAUUCCGAUAUGUUUUCUAGAACAUCGAAUGAUUUAUUACCAAAUAAAUCAUUCACUUCAUUGUAUCCUAUGGAGAUAAUCAGUUGUCGUCAACCUCUUAGUUAAUUAAAUUGUGGAAAUGAAACAAUAUCUUAUGGAUUUUACAGUGACUAAAUAAAUUGCAUAUUGUGUUACGAAGCAUUUAAACUGAUAUUCUAUAGAGAUAUUCAUAUAUCGGAACAAACUCAUUCGUUUUUUCUGCUUCAAACAUUUAACAUUAUUCCACAUACGUAUACCGCUUUUCUCAAAUAUCUUACAUUUUGAGAAAAGUAGAAAACCAUUUGAUUUAUUCACUAUUAGUUUUAGUUUAUAUUAGUAUCAAAUUUCACUGAUGACCUUGUAUUCAUAUUACGCAUACACAGACACAUCUGCGCAUAUAUAUAUAUAUAUAUAUAUAUAUAUAUAUAUA